AUGGCCACAGCUGCCUCUAAUCCCUACAGCAUUCUCAGUUCCAGCUCCUUAGUCCAUGCAGACUCUGCGGGCAUGCAGCAAGGGAGUCCUUUCAGAAACCCUCAAAAACUUCUCCAAAGUGACUACUUACAGGGAGUUCCUAGCAAUGGGCAUCCGCUCGGACACCACUGGGUGACCAGCCUCAGUGAUGGGACUCCGUGGUCCUCCACGCUAGCGACGAGCCCCCUCGACCAGCAAGACGUGAAGCCAGGAAGAGAAGAUCUCCAGCUUGGCGCAAUCAUCCAUCACAGGUCGCCUCAUGUGUCUCACCACUCGCCCCAUACAAAUCAUCCCAACGCAUGGGGAGCCAGUCCAGCUCAUAACUCAUCGAUAACCUCCAGUGGACAGCCUAUUAAUGUCUACUCGCAACCUGGCUUCACAGUCAGUGGCAUGUUGGACCAUGGGGGUCUAACACCACCUCCUGCCUCAGCCACUACCCAAAGCUUGCACCCAGUGCUGAGGGACACCGCAGAUCAUGGAGAUAUAGGCUCCCAUCACUGUCAGGAUCACUCUGACGAGGAGACGCCGACAUCAGAUGAGUUGGAACAGUUUGCAAAGCAGUUCAAACAAAGGAGAAUCAAGUUGGGAUUCACUCAAGCAGACGUUGGCUUAGCACUAGGGACUCUCUAUGGCAAUGUUUUCUCCCAGACUACUAUCUGCAGGUUUGAGGCUCUGCAGCUCAGCUUUAAGAACAUGUGCAAACUGAAACCGCUGCUAAACAAGUGGCUAGAAGAGGCAGAUUCAUCUACCGGCAGCCCGACUAGUAUUGACAAAAUAGCAGCCCAAGGCAGGAAAAGAAAGAAGAGAACCUCGAUAGAGGUGAGUGUCAAAGGGGUUUUGGAAACUCAUUUUCUUAAAUGUCCCAAACCUGCAGCCCAAGAGAUCUCCUCCUUGGCAGACAGCCUGCAGUUAGAGAAAGAAGUGGUGCGUGUCUGGUUUUGUAACAGAAGACAAAAAGAGAAAAGAAUGACUCCACCAGGGGAUCAGCAGCAGCAUGAGGUUUAUUCUCAUAACGUGAAAACAGACACAUCCUGCCAUGAUCUUUGA